CUCCUCAUAGUGAGAACAAUGUUUGGACAUACUGAUACUCUCCUCCGAGAGCGAUUAAAGCGGAGCCUCAUCACUCAGUAAUCGCUCAUCACUCAGUGACGAGGCUCCGCUUUAAUUGCUCUCAGUCUCCAGCCUCCAGGCCUUGUAUGGUUCAUCAUGGUGUCUCAUAUGGUUCAGGCUGUCCCUCUAGUUUUAGGCUGGGGGUUCUGGAUGGGGAUAUAAAACCCACUGGAGCUCAUUCUUCUCUGCCUCAUUUCAAAGCUUCCUUCUAAUUCUCUCUCUCUCUCCUACUGCCUUUAACAUGGCACCAAAGAAAGUAGAGCCCAAGAAGGAGGCAAAUAAAGCAGUUGCAUCUGAACCAGAGAAGCCCAAGGAGCCUGACUUUGACCCAAAGAGCAUUGCAAUUGAGUUCACCACAGAUCAGAUUGAAGAGUUCAAAGAGGCCUUCAUGCUGUUUGAUAGAACACCUAAUGGAGAAAUGAAGAUCUCUUACUCUCAGUGUGGAGAUGUGAUGAGGGCUUUGGGCCAAAAUCCUACCAACUCUGAAGUCAUGAGGGUGCUGGGUAAACCAAAACCUGAAGAACUGAACACCAAGCUCAUGGACUUUGAGACCUUCCUGCCCAUGUUCCAGCACGUGUCCAAGUCAAAGGACCGCGGCACGUUUGAGGACUUCGUGGAAGGGUUGCGGGUCUUUGACAAAGAAGGAAAUGGCACCAUAAUGGGAGCAGAGCUUCGGCAUGUUCUACAGACAUUAGGGGAGAAAAUGUCAGAACGUGAGGUUGAACAAGUGUUGGCAGGACAAGAGGACGCUAACGGCUGCAUCAACUACGAAGCUUUUGUUAAAUACAUCAUGUCUGGAUAAACUUGAUAUCAGAGGAUUUAUCAGUCCUGCAGUGUCUGGAACCCCC